AUGGUGGAAGUUCGAAAGGUGGACACUUGCAAGGAGGGAAGUGCCGCAAUUACUACUGCUUGGACGCCGACCAAGAAGGCUCGCGGGAGGCACUCAAGAGUGGAGCUUCAUGGUCGCAAGGAUGGAUGUAAGUCAUGGUGGAUGGAGAGAACGCCUGGGGUUGCUGAAGGUCGAGGCGAGUCUGCCAAAAUGUCCUUGGAUGUGGAGCCACCUCCAGGUCUUUGUGCAGGAAUGGAUACACCAAUCGAGCUCUUGACCAAGGUUUUGCAGGAGCAGGACGUGCAAAGCAAGGCAGAUGAAGACGGAUUUAUCAGUAUUCAGUGGCUGCUCAAAACAAAGCCAGCCCUAAGAUGCUGCAAUACGAAGAGCUUGGUGAGUGCUGUUGAAAACCAGGAUGGGCCUGUUCAGCUAGACAAGACUCAACGUCGUGCCCGAGUGCUUGGCCCCGAAGAACAACUCCGCAAAGAGGCCAAACGCUUUUUGCAGCGAAGCCCUUUUGGAGCUGUACCCCUUUCAAGCUUUUUUGGCAUGCCUUCGUUUUCACGGGCGAUGCGGGAAUCGUCAGAGUGUACAGAUUCAGAGGGGUUGCUCCGCAAAGUCUUGGGCGGCGACUCUGACCUUGUGGUACAGGGUGCAUUUGUAUCUUGGCAGCCCCGAGCUACAAAGCUGCGAAAGUCUGUUGAGCGGCUUUUCUUGGAGGAUGCGAGACUGGAAGCGAAGAUUCAGCAAACUGCGGACGUGCCCCUCACUUGGAUUGUUGGGCGCUACGCAGACAGGCUUGGUGUUUUGGGAUACCCAGACAAUGCUCACACAUCUGACGCUCUAGCACGAGAAGUGGCCUGGGCGCUUGUAGACUCCAAGGUGCUUUAUGUUGACCGGCGCCGACUUACUGUUCGCAAAUGUCGAAGCCCAGAAAGAUCACCUGAAGAUACAAGACCAGGCGACCUGGAUCGUCAGGAGGCCCACGCAGAAAAGCGGGUUUCCAGCCGCGCUGCAACUCAGCUCCGGCAACUCCUGGAUUUCUACUUUGAGCCUUUCACUCUUCAGCACAACAGAUACCUCCUGGACUUAAUCCUAAAGAGGGCGAGUGCUCCGCAGGAGAAAGGGCCCUGGCUGGCAGAGGCACUGAAUGACUGCCACUUUACCUUCGAGGACUUGCAGGGCCUGGGGCGCAUACAGUCUGCCUUGUCGAAGUUGCCUCCAACAACUGACUUUUGCUUGGAGCUGGGGAGCCUCAAGCACUUGAACAUCAGUUUUGACGGAAGCUUCUCUUUGCGAACGCAGCUUGAAGUGCGAAGCUUUGUUCAUGCGGAGAAUGUCUCCAAGGACCUUGCAGCGGCUGCAGUCAGGUACCUCACAGCUUCAAGGGAGCAACAGCAGGAGCAGGAGGCUCCGCGUGACGUAGUGAGUGUUUUGUCGUAUUCGAUAGCAGACGCACUGGCUGACCAGACAGCAGGAUCGCAAAGACUUGCGAAAGUGAAGCGUCAAGUCUUGGUGUACCAAACUGACUUGAUUUGCUUGCAGGGCUUGGACACAAAUGAAAAGACUGGCGCAAGUUUGGCAGCUAGUCUGACAGAGGAAGGGUAUGGCUUUGCCUGCUACAAGUGUGAAGAGGCCAAUUCCAUCUUCUGGGAUCGCAGACGCUGGGAAUUGAUUCGCGAGGAAGAGGGUAUUGCGGGUCAUACCCUGGCAGUGGAGCUGCGCCCAUUCGAGGAUCCAGACAGCACCAUUCGAGUGCUUUGCUCGCGGGCAAAGGUGCCUGAGGUGAACGAGGUGAAGGAAAGCUCAAGGUGGCUCAAAACUUUUGGCAUCCCUCACAAGUCAGUCAGGCUGUAUGAUGUCAACGACAAAGUCCUGGCGUGCACGGACUUAUCAUUAAUGGGAGGGGCUGAAGCUGCCGGGAUUAUGGAUGAACUCAUUUGCUUGCCAUCUGUUGCCGAAGAAGUGCUAGGUGAAGAGGUUGCAGCUCACAUUCCUGCACCUCCUGGACUGAGUGAGGAUUGUGAGCUGGCUCCUGUAUGCAUUGCAGGGCUGAACAGGCUUCGACACCCGGAUGCAGUCUUCUUCCGCAAUAUGGCGCCCGUCAUUGUGCUUUCAGGCCACACAGAUGACUACCUUACAUAUAUGCCUCAGGAAGAUGUGGUUCAGCAGUUCCCCUGCUUCCGUCUUCCUAUUGUUGCAGCAUUUCAUUGGCGAGAUCCUCCAGAGUGGACAGGACAUUCCAACCACAAGGACCGUUCUGUCCGGCUUUGA